AUGGGUUAUUUACUGGCCAAGACCAAUGUACUCAUGAAGUUGAAAGCUAAACAAGAGCAAAAUGUUAAUCCAGGUGCAGGCAAUCAACCUGGUAUGAUAGGACCUAUGGGGCCUGGUGGGCCAAUGGGCCCUGGUCCUAAUGGACCAAUGGGUCCUGGACCAAAUGGAGGAAUACCACAGCAACAGGUAGUUAAUGAGGGGCAGUUGAUGCGGCAACAGAGUGAGAUUUUUGUCUUCACCACGCAAAUGGCGAACGAAGCUGCCCAAGCUGUACAGAGUGGCCAGUAUGAAAACAUACUGUCCUAUCACAUGGACCAACCUUCAACUAAAUCUUUCCUACAGAAAAAUCCGAAGAUGCGGGGAGGAGCUGGGAUGUAUAACAUGCAAGGUAUGCAUAACAAAAUGGGUUUGAUGAAUAACCCGAUGGGUCCAAUGGGUGGCAUGCCUGAUGGGCAAAGUAAAAUUUUGAAUGAACAUUACACUCCUGAACAAGUACAAAAAAGAGAGGGGCAAUUAACUAGUAUUCUUAAACUUCAACAGAUGUUAUUUCCUGAGCAACGAAAUCAACAAGGUUUUCACCCAGGUCCCGGUCCCAUGGGAUACGGGCAAAGUAAAAUUUUGAAUGAACAUUACACUCCUGAACAAGUACAAAAAAAUGAGAAGCAAUUAGCUAGUAUUCUUAAACUUCAACAGAUGUUAUUUCCUGAGCAACGAAAUCAACAAGGUUUUCACCCAGGUCCCGGUCCCAUGGGAUACGGGCAAAGUAAAAUUUUGAAUGGACAUUACACUCCUGAACAAGUACAAAAAAAUGAGGAGCAAUUAGCUAGUAUUCUUAAACUUCAACAGAUGUUAUUUCCUGAGCAACGAAAUCAACAAGGUUUUCACCCAGGUCCCGGUCCCAUGGGAUACGGGCAAAGUAAAAUUUUGAAUGGACAUUACACUCCUGAACAAGUACAAAAAAAUGAGGAGCAAUUAGCUAGUAUUCUUAAACUUCAACAGAUGUUAUUUCCUGAGCAACGAAAUCAACAAGGUUUUCACCCAGGGCAAGGUCCUGGUGGGCAGGGGAUGAUGCCUGGGGAUAUGGGGGGUUGUAUGAAUAUUGAUCAACAAAGUAUGAUGUCAAAACGUGCAAAGAUGUCGCAACAGAACAUGCAAAAUUUGACUCACGCUAUGAGACUUCAGCAAGAAUAUAAGAAGGAGAAGAGAGCACAACAGCAGCAACAAAAGCCGCCCAUGGGACCUAACGGUCCACAAAUGGGCCUAAACGAUCAACCAAUGGAGCCUGGAGAUAUGGGGGGUGGUAUGAAUAUUGAUCAACAAAGUAUGAUGUUAAAACGUGCAAAGAUGUCGCAACAGAACAUGCAAAAUUUGACACCCGCUCAAAAAGAGUGGAUGAGACUUCAGCAAGAAUAUAUGGCGGAGAAGAGAGCACAACAGCAGCAACAAAAGCCGCCCAUGGGACCUAACGGUCCACAAAUGGGCCUAAACGAUCAACCAAUGGAGCCUGGAGAUAUGGGGGGUGGUAUGAAUAUUGAUCAACAAAGUAUGAUGUCAAAACGUGCAAAGAUGUCGCAACAGAACAUGCAAAAUUUGACACCCGCUCAAAAAGAGUGGAUGAGACUUCAGCAAGAAUAUAUUGCGGAGAAGAGAGCACAACAGCAGCAACAAAAGCCGCCCAUGGGACCCAACGGUCCGCAAAUGGGCCCAAACGGUCAACCAAUUGGGCCAAUGCAGCCUCCACCAUCUUAUUACAGUUCGAUUGCUCAAAAACAACGACAAGGGUCUGUUGGUAUGGGAUCUUCUACCUCACCGAACAUGAAUCGGCCAAUUGGCUCUCCGUCUGUGGCUGUCUCAGGUAAGAUGCUGAAGUUUUAUUUCUCCAAACAUGAAUUAGCCGAUCUGUUCAUCAUAUUGUUUUCGUGGGUAUGA